AUGUUAACCUACACACUGCUGCUCAUUGCAUCAGCCGAGGCGUCAGUCCAUGCACAAGUACACCCACGGGACAUUAGCCUCCCGCUCCGCGUCACCAACAAUUGCAAUGAGCCUAUUUGGCCGGCCAUCCUCACCCAGAACGGCAGGGGCCCAGCUAGCUCUGGCUUUGUGCUCCAACCGGGGGAGACGAAUCCUCAAACUGUGAGCGGCGACUGGAGAGGGAGAGUCUGGGGUCGGACCAACUGUAGCUUUCCGGGGUCAGGCUCCGGCCCGUCCAGCGGCAGAGGGGGUGUGGCAUGCACGACCGGAGACUGUGGGAGCUUCUUGCAAUGUCCUGGGGCGGGCCAAGCACCAGCGACACUCGCCGAGUUCACCUUUUCCUCCGACACGUAUCAAACCUUUUACGACAUCUCACUUGUCGACGGGUACAACCUCCCCGUGGGCAUCAUUUCGCUGCUUUCGCAGAGUGGCAAUUCAUCGCUGCAGGACAUUCCUCCCAAUUUGACCAACCCAGUCUGCAUAGGAACUUCGUCUCUACUCGCACCCGUGGGAGGCACGGCCGAUGACGCCGACUUUGGUUCAAACUCGACGUUCCCUCUACCGCUAGACCAGACAGUUACACCUUCGUUUAUCCAAAAGUGGUGUCCGUGGCCACUGCAGCUGAACCCGCCUAAGAAGCCGGGCGACGGCGUAUACCCGUAUCCAGACGACAACAUCCAAAGACCAAUAUUCAACCCUUGCCUCAGCGCAUGCGCCAAAUGGAAUAAGGAUCAAUAUUGCUGCACAGGAAGCCACAAUACUCCCGCCACAUGCUCGCCGAGCGAUUAUUCAAAACAGGCCAAAAAGGUGUGUCCGGAUGCGUACAGCUAUGCGUACGAUGAUCAGACCAGUACUUUUAUCAUUCCACAAGGUGGGGGGUUUGAGGUUGUUUUCUGUCCCGCUGGACGCAGCACAAAUAUCCUCGCGACGUUCGGCGAUCAACUCCGACAAAUCGCCCAGACAGGACAUGCGAGCAGAGACAUUGUCACGACAGCGCAGAACAUUACAUAUAUCCGUGAGAAGAAUGUUGCGGCGAGACAAGUAGGCCAGUCGGGGUCAGGAUUGGUACUGAUGCUGGCGCUGGUACUGACGGUGAUGGCAUGGUCAUCGUAA